AUGGAACCGAGGAAUGACACACAAAUUUCAGAAUUCCUUCUUCUGGGAUUUUCAGAGGACCCAAAUCUGUUGCCCCUCAUCUUUGGGCUUUUCCUGUCCAUGUACCUGGUCACUGUGCUGGGGAACCUGUUCAUUAUCCUGGCCACCAUCUCAGACUCCCACCUGCACAUGCCCAUGUACUUCUUCCUCUCCAACCUGUCCUUUGUGGACAUCUGCUUCACCUCCACCACCAUCCCCAAGAUGCUGAUGAACAUCCAGAUACAGAGCAAGGCCAUUACCUACAUGGGUUGCAUCACCCAAAUGUAUUUUUUCCUACUCUUUGCAGGGUUGGACAUCAUUCUGCUGACCAUAAUGGCCUAUGACCGGUAUGUGGCCAUCUGUCACCCCCUGCACUACACAGUCAUCAUGAACCCCAGGUUCUGCGUGCUGAUGGUUCUGGUAUCCUGUAUCAUUAGUGGCCUGCAUUCCUUGUUACACAGCUUGAUGAUGCUGCAGCUGACCUUCUGCACAGACCUGGACAUCUCUCACUUUUUCUGUGAACUUAACCAGGUGGUCAACCAUGCUUGCUCUGACACUUUUCUUAAUGACAUGGUGAUGUAUUUUUCAGCUGUGCUGCUGGCUGUUGGUCCCCUUACUGGCAUCCUUUACUCCUAUUCCAAGAUCGUCUCCUCCAUCCGUGAAAUCUCAUCAGCUCAGGGCAAGUACAAAGCCUUCUCCACCUGUGCAUCUCACCUCUCUGUGGUCUCCUUAUUUUACUGCACAAGCCUAGAUGUGUACCUCAGUUCUUCUGUGACACAAAACUCACACUCAAGUACUAUAGCUUCAGUGAUGUACAGUGUGGUCACCCCCAUGCUGAACCCCUACAUCUACAGCCUGAGGAAUAAGGACAUCAAGAGCGCUCUAAAAAUCAUCUUUUGGAGGGAAACUAUAAAAGGGUCAUUGAAUCAAUUCCCAUGA